CAAGCAAAUCCACGUUGCUUGAGGCUCAAGGCACCGGGAGUAGACAGAUCAUAGGAGCCAUGGGUCACGGAGGUAACAAUGUCAUUCCCAACGUGCACUUCCGCAAGGUCAAUGGAUGCCAGGCAGGACGCAAGAACCGGGUCUUCAUGCGGACCUGGCUGAACCAGGCCGGGCGCAAGAAGCGCCGCGCCAACGCCCGCAAGGCCAAGGCCGCGAAGGUCUUCCCCCGGCCGGCGGCCGGGUAUCUGCGUCCGGUGGUGCACCCGCCCACCCAGCGCUACAACAUGAAGCUCCGGCUGGGCAAGGGUUUCACGCUGGAUGAGCUGAAGGAGGCGAAGAUCCCGCGAAAGUUUGCAAAGACCAUCGGCAUCGCAGUGGACCACCGCCGCCGCAACCGUUGCACGGAGAGCCUGCAGGCGAACGUGGAACGCCUGAAGCUCUACAUGUCCAAGCUCUCGGUGUUCCCGAAGAAGUCCGGCAAGAAGGCUGUGCGCAAGGGCGACACCCCUCGCUCGGAGCUGCAGAACGUGGCGCAGAACACCUUGAAGGAAAUCAUCCCUGUGCCCAAGGAGGGCAAGCGCAUCAAGGCGCGCGCCAUCACCGAGGCGGAGAAGGGCGAGUCCGCCUACAAGAAGCUGAAGAAGGCGCGCACCGCCGCCCACUACCAGGGGGACAGGAUCAAGAAGGCCAAGGCGGCGGCUGCCAAGGAAACCUAGACAAGAUCAUGAACUCGGAGGCUGGGAAUGAACAAAGACAU